AUGAAGCUUUCAUCUGUCUUCUCUUCAUCCCUCCUCCUCCAUGAUCUCAUCCUCCUGCUGUGCGUCGUCUCGGUACCGCUUCCAUCGAUGGCAGACGGGACCGUCGACAGACUCGCACUCGAGUCCUUCAAGUCCACGGUCUCCGACCCCCUGGGAGCCUUGGCCUCAUGGAACCGGACCAACCAUGUCUGCCGGUGGCAAGGCGUCCGAUGCGGCCGGCGGCACCCCGACAGGGUGACCGCCCUGCGCUUACUCUCGUCGGGGCUCGUCGGCCGCAUCCCGCCUCACGUCGCCAACCUAACUUUUCUCCAAGUGCUCCGCCUCCGUGACAACAACUUCCACGGACUGAUCCCACCCGAGCUCGGACGCUUGUCCCGGCUGCAGGCCCUCGACCUCAGCCUGAACUAUCUCGAAGGCCCCAUCCCUGCCACUUUGAUUCGUUGCUCCAAUCUUCGACAAGUCUCUGUGAGGAGCAACCUGCUGACGGGAGAGAUUCCCAGGGAUGUCGGACUGCUGUCGAAGAUGUUGGUGUUUAAUCUGGCGCAGAACAAUCUCACCGGAAGCAUACCGCCUUCCUUGGGAAACAUGACAUCUCUCUUCGCUCUUUUCCUCCAAUCCAAUACUUUAGAAGGAAGCAUUCCCGAGAGCAUCGGUAAUCUCAAAAGCUUACAGCUGCUUCAGAUAGCCUAUAACAGGCUCUCAGGUGCGAUUCCUUCCUCUGUUUACAAUCUAUCCUCCAUGAGUAUUUUCUCCGUCGGGAACAAUCUUCUGGAGGGAACCCUACCUGCGACCAUGUUCGACACCCUUCCGAGCCUCGAAAUGCUUCUAAUGAACAACAACCAUUUCCAUGGGCACAUUCCAGCUUCACUUUCCAAUGCGUCCUAUAUGGGAGACAUGGAACUGAGUGUCAAUUACUUCACUGGAACAGUACCCUCCCACCUGGAGAAUCUACGACAACUCUACUUCAUAAACCUUUCCGACAACCAGCUCGAAGCUACUGAUUCCAGUGACUGGGAGUUCCUUGCAUCUUUGACGAAUUGCAGUCUCUUGCAUGUAUUAGUUUUAGAUACCAACAACUUCGGCGGCAUGUUGCCAACUUCUUUAGCCAAUUUCUCCUCCAGUUUGAACACCAUAACUCUCGAUUCGAACCAUAUUUCUGGCACCAUACCCACAGGAAUAGGAAAUCUUUUCAACCUCACGACACUGUCAUUGAACGACAACCAUCUGACCGGUCUGAUUCCUCCCACAAUUGGAGGGCUCCGAAACCUGCACAGAUUGGACUUAUCAGGAAACAGAUUAACAGGACAAAUACCUGACUCCAUCGGGAACCUCACUGAACUGAAUCUUAUCUACUUGCAAGAUAAUGAUCUCGGUGGAAGAAUACCUGAAAGCAUAGGGAACUGCGGGAGAGUGGAAGAGAUGGACCUUUCUCACAAUAAGCUCAGUGGUCAGAUUCCCAUGCAGCUUUACAGCAUUUCUUCGUUGUCGACAUACCUAAAUCUAUCAAAUAAUCAGCUGAACGGAACACUGCCGCUCCAAGUGGGUAACCUGAGAAAUCUUGGUGCGCUUGUUCUUGCACACAACAAGCUCUCCGGUGACAUCCCUACAACCCUUGGCCAGUGUCAGAGCUUGGAGUACCUUUAUUUGCAUGACAACUCUUUUCAAGGAUCUAUCCCUCAAUCCUUGAGCAACUUAAAAGGUCUGAGCGAGCUAGAUCUUUCAAGCAACAACAUAUCUGGCAACAUCCCAGAAUUUCUAGCAGACCUACUUGCUCUGCAGCACCUGAACCUCUCGUACAAUGAUCUUGAAGGCAACGUGCCAAAUGAUGGUGUUUUCGGGAACAUCACUGCAUUCUCGGUUAUAGGAAACGAUAAGCUUUGUGGGGGUAAUCAAGGACUGCACCUGCCCCCGUGCCAUAUCCAAUCUGGUAGGAAGCAUAAAUCUCUCACGCUCGAGGUUGUCAUCCCAGUCAUCUCUGUCGGUCUGUGUGCGGUAAUCCUACUUAUCGCCCUUGCUGUUCUGCACAGAACGAAGAACCUGAAAAAGAAAAAUUCAUUUACAAAUUCUAUGGAGGAGCAAUUCAAAAGAAUCUCUUACAAUGAGCUGCUAAGGGCAACUGAUGAAUUCUCAGCUUCUAGUCUGAUUGGUAUGGGAAGUUUUGGUUCUGUUUACAAAGGAGUUAUGGACGCUGAUGGAACUACUGUUGCAGUUAAGGUGCUAAAUCUGGAAAGGCAUGGAGCAUCACAGAGCUUCAUCUCUGAAUGUGAAGCCUUGAGAAGCAUCCGGCAUCGCAAUCUUGUCAAGAUUCUAACUAUAUGCUUAAGUGUAGAUAAUAGAGGAAAUGAUUUUAAGGCUUUGGUGCUCAACUACAUGUCAAACGGGAGUCUCGAGAACUGGCUGCAUCCCAAAGAAUCUGAGGCAUUGACAAGGAGGAAAUUGACCCUUCCUCAGAGGUUGAGCAUAGCAAUAGAUGUCUCUUCUGCGUUAGAUUACCUUCACCAUCACGGACCUAUGCCAAUUGUUCAUUGUGAUUUAAAGCCUAGCAAUGUUCUUCUGGACCAAGAAAUGUGUGCACAUGUGGGUGACUUCGGAUUAGCAAGGUUUUUACAAGGCACAAUGCCAGACAUAGACCAAAACCGUACAACAUCCACAGGAAUAAAAGGAACCAUUGGAUAUGUUGCUCCAGAAUAUGCCAUGGGAGGCAAAGUCUCUACUAAUGGAGAUAUAUACAGCUAUGGGAUUCUUUUGCUAGAGAUGCUGACAGGGAAGAGGCCUACUGAGGACAUGUUCAAGGAUGGCCUUAGCCUUCAUAAAUAUGUGGAGAUAACCCCUAUCGAAGAUCUACUCAUGGUCUUAGAUCCUGGUCUUCUUCUGGUGGAGAAUGGCCAACAAGGUGAGCAAAAUGUUGUGUACAGAGACGUGGACAGGUUAGAAGUGCAGAAAUGCUUUGUUUCAGCUGUCAAUGUUGGCCUUGCUUGUUCAAAGGAAAAUCCAAGAGAGCGAAUGCAGAUGGGAGAUGUCAUCAAGGAACUAAGUGAAACUAGAGAUAAGCUUCUCAAUGUCCACAGAAAUAGAACUGGAGUACAUGGAUGAGGAAAAUUAUCUCUCUCUCUCUUGUUCACAACCCACAAAUAAUAGUAAACUGUCUGCGGAUGUGAAAUUUCACAGCUCUUAUGGUGUAACAGAGGAAAUCAAGCAUGUAAUGUAGAAUAUCUGCUCCGUAGAAUUUAUUUGAACUGUAAAUAGGUGAAUGGAUUCUUUCAUCAGUCCAUUAUCGUAGAACUACGGGAAGACAAUUGGCGUAAGUUUUGGUUUAUGCACAUUUUCUUUUUGUUUGAUCUCAAAACAGGCAUUAAUCAUGCAUGUAUUCCCAUCAAACGUCACUAGCUUCUAGUUAUCAAGCUUAUGCACUCACCUGCCAACUCCUUCGGUAAUCAGGCUCCUUUGUGAUCCUGACGUACAUGCCGACCACCUGCUCGACAAAACGUCGCUCUCGGAGGCCCUUGCAGCGGGAAGACGAAAACAGUGAAUAGAACAUCCAAGAGAGAACUGCUUGUAGUGACCGAUUGGCAUUAACAGAAUAAAGAGCACUCGCCUUUGCCCCCCUUUAAAUGUGCCUCGAAGGGGAUUUUUUCUUGGAUAUAUACAUAUGUAUAUACGUAUAUACAUAUGUAUAUAUGUGUGUGUGUAUAUAUAUAUACGUCGAGCACGACAUUCUAGUUCUGAUCACCGCCAUCGCUACCCAGCGGCGACGAUCUGCGUGCGAAUUGGUUCAGGACGAUGGAUAUGCCUGUAUCGGCAAAGACGUCUGGAUGCAAGCCCGGAAUUCAACCAGCGUCACCCCCGCAACAAGCUGAGAGCAGCAGCCCCAGCAGCCAAACCAGGGUCUUCAAUUGGCUUCCCACCAUUGCUUUCCUCUUCCUCACCUAUAACUCCGCAGAGUCAGCCUACCGAUCUCGCCAUGACAUCCCGACGCUGGCCUUCAUAGUAUUCGCCUAUGUCGACUUGGUGAUGCUCCUCUUUUGCCUCAAGCAGUUCGAGAAACUGAGCCCCGAGAGCACGCCGGCGAAGAGGGAGCAGCUCAAGGCCGCGGUUUGGGUCCUCACGACGGCUCUCAACCUCGCAUUUGCCUGGCGUGUGGCGGAGAUAAUGCCGUGGCUACUAAGUGUCUUGGUCUGGCUGAUGUCAGUGUCGGUAGCUAUUGGGGGGUUUUAUGGGCUCUUCAUCCACCAGGGUGCGAAAGAUAGUGUUGCUGAUGGCCACGGCUAUUCGCUUGUCAAAAAUGCGGAACUUGCUCCCGGAGAAAAGGUCUAAGUCUGCAUGCUCUUGCUCUGUAUUUGUGUAGUGCAGUGUGAGGUGUGUUGUGCUCAGUCAUCUAUGUGUGUGUUAUGCGGUAUGGAUUGCAGUUGACGUCUGGUUAUAGCGUGGACUAUGUAAUAAACAGGUAUUUGACAUGAAAUAAGUCCAGUGGCCAUCAUCUAAUAACUAUGAUCGAAUUUGUAAUAAUGUGGAUUGCACCCCAAAAUAUGAGGUGGAUUAUAACUCA